GCACUGUUUGCCUCGUCAGCCGACGACUUCACAGCGUCUCGAAUAAAAUUUUGGUGGAUAAAAAGGAGCGUCUUUCCGCUUUGCUUCCGCAUUUCUUUGCAUCUCCUCGUAAUUCCGAUUAAGCUAGGUUUUUCUCUUGCUCAACUCUCUACCAUCUCCUUUAAGGCCAUGGUUCCUACAGCCCGGUGAAGGAAACGUACGAUCACCUUUAGCCGUCGGAUCUAGUUGCCCAAUUUAUCCUCCACAUCGACCACUGCUCCUAGGUUUAGAAUCGUUUUAAAAAUGGGGGCACUGGUAUCGAGAUUCUGGUUCAUGCUGUUUCCGGCUAAGGAGUACAAAAUCGUCGUUGUAGGGUUGGAUAAUGCUGGAAAGACAACGACGCUCUACAAAUUGCAUUUGGGGGAGGUCGUCACCACGAACCCUACGGUUGGUAGUAAUGUGGAAGAGGUUGUUUACAAGAACAUACGGUUUGAGGUGUGGGAUCUCGGUGGGCAAGACAGGCUAAGAACUUCAUGGGCGACAUACUUCAGAGGCACUCAUGCCGUGAUCGUGGUGAUCGACAGCACGGACCGGGCACGAAUCUCCAUAAUGAAGGAUGAGCUCUUUCGACUGCUACGGCAUGAUGACCUCGAGCAUUCCGUCGUGCUCGUCUUCGCAAACAAACAGGAUCUCAAGGAAGCAAUGUCUCCAGCUGAGAUCACUGAUGCCCUUUCGCUCCAUAGCAUAAAGAAACAUGACUGGCACAUACAGGCCUGCUGCGCCCUCACCGGCGAGGGGCUAUACGACGGCCUUGGCUGGAUUGCUCAGCGAGUCACCACCGCUGCCCCUGCCCAGCCAACCACUUCUUGAUCUGUAAGUCUGUUAGUGGCUCAGUGUAUGCGUGCAUAGAAAUCAACUAUUAACUCUAUGGAGAUUCCCAAAUAUAACUUGAAUCCCUUCAAUGUGUUUUUUUACUUGUUGAGAUAAUUUGAAUAUUUCACAUGACCAUUAUUUUGGGAGGAAAGGGAAAGAAAUUGUAUGCAGUUCAUAAGCUAACGCUCACUUAAACGUUUGUUUCAGCUUCAAGUUUCAUCUACUGAAUAAUAUAGUUGUUGAAGGAAAAGUGAUCAUCUGUUUCCUUA